CAGCUUUAACAUUUGAAGCUUGUAUUCUAAAUUAUCUUUUUCGUACGUUCUGAAAAUUGAGGAAAAUUGCAUCCAUAAAGCUAGCAAGAUACUGUUUUUAUCAAGGAAAAUGAAUAGGAGGCUGGUCUUGAAGCAUUCAGUUGCUCUUGUGGGCAUGCUGGUAUGUGUUAGUUGCUUUUUGAUUGUGAUUGUUACUGUUCUGAAGCUUCCAGAGGCGUCGCCCAGAAAUAGGGAAAUGGGGAUUUACCAUCCAACACUCAAAUCCAGAAAAGUGCCUCAGAAUUUCAAAUUAGGUGAAUUUGGAGAAAUGAUGGUUGAAAUGUUGCCUCAAGAUCUUGCCUUCACUAUGUUUAUUCCUUCAGAGGAAGCUUUCAAGCGUGAUUUGCAUUUAUCUGUAAAUGACAGCUUGACACCAGAGAAAUUUAACGAUACCUAUGCAAUUCUCACUCGUAUAUUGGGAUUCUCAGCUGUCCCGCGGGAGCUAUCUUCAGUUGAGCUACCUCUUGGUGAGCUGGUGUCCUAUGAUUCUUUAUCUGGGUUCCAAUUAUACAUUGCAAAAGACAUAGAUAGAAUGCUAUCUGUGAACAGGAUUCGAUCAAAAAUCACAGAUAUUAGAAAAGGGAAGAUUGUUAUGCAUAUUAUGGAUGGCGUUAUUAUGGAUUCUGAUUUUGGGCAAUCUUUUCUAUCUGAUGAUACUGAGGAGUGAAGACGAUUGACUGUUUGCUGUUUUGUAUCUAUACUUCAAACUGAGCCUAACAUAAAUAAGGUCAGAGUUCAAUUAGAGGGUUGAAUAUACAGACACUCAGACCUGAUAGAGAUUCAUACAGAAUUUUCUUUUUCGUUAUCUUCCUUACAGGAAAGGUAUAAAGGUUGUAUUGUAUCAUAACUCAGGCUAGCUUAUACGUGUAACAAUGUUUGAGGAAUUAGUCGACUUGGAUGGUUCAAUUUGUAACUUAAGCUGAUUUGGCAACAAUAAUUCUUAAUUUGGCUUGUGCUAA